AUGUCCAACUUCUCCCGUCCCAACCCGUCCGAAUUCAGCGGCGGAGCCAGCGCCAACUACUACGACCCCCGCGCCGACAUGUCCGGACAGCAAAUCCAGCAAGGAGGCAGUGGAGCUCCCGGCGGCGGCGAUGGUGGCUUUGGAGGCUUCGACUUCGGACAAGCCAUCAAGCAGGCCAAGUACCACAACAACGGGCGCGAGGACGCCGAUGACGACGAGGACGCGGGCUUCUUCAAGAAGGCCGUCAGCUUCCUCAGCCAGAACAAGGAGAGCCUGGGCAAGGAGGACAUCGACGAGCAGAAGGUGGUGGGCGCGCACCAGGCGCUCUACGGCGACGGCGGCAAUCCGCAGGCGGAUCGCAAGCUCGACGCGGACUUCUUGGGCAAUGGCGCCGCGCUGCAGGCGCUGAAGAUGUUUAUGGGUGGCGAGGACAAGCAGAAGAGCAGCAGUGGUGGUGGUGGUGGUGGGGCGGGCGACCAGAACAAGCUGAUUGGGCUUGCCAUGGCUCAGGCGGGGAAGUUGUGGGAUCAGCAGAACAAGCAGGGCAAUGUGGCUACUGAUAAGCAAUCGGCCGUCAAUUCGGCUGCUGCAAUGGCGAUGAAGAUGUACAUGAAGAACCAGAUGAGCGGCGGCGGCGGUGGCGGUGGCCUGGGGGGGCUUGCUGGCCUGGCUGGCUUGGCUGGGGGGCUCGGCGGCGGGCAGUCCGGCGGCGGGAACCAACAGCAAGGAGGAGCUGGCGCUCUGUUGGGCAUGGCGAAGAAGUUCCUCUGA